AUGUCUGGAUGUUUUUCUCUGAUGGCAGAUGAAACAAUAGACAUUUUGACAAAUGAGAAAUUAUCUAUGUAUGAGGUAUGUAAAAAUAUACUCUAUGAAAUUGUUUUCCAGUUUUUCUCUAAACAUAGUUAAACAGAAAAAGACUUAGCAACUUCCAUAUUAAAAGGUAAUAUAUUUUAUAAUUUAUAAUAAAUGAUUCAAUUUUAAUUUUAAUUUUUCCAUUUUUUUUAAGGUUUAAGUGACCUUGGAAUAAACUAUAAGUUUAUGUACGGUCAAGAAUAUGACGGGGCCAACAAUAUGGCUGGUGAAUUUAGAGGUGUACAGAAAAUAAUUAAUGAUCAGUUUUUUAUGACAUUAUAUGUCCAUUAUUCAGCACAUUCCCUAAAUUUAGCUGUCCUCGUCAAGUAA